GACGGGGCGGGCCACAUGACGCGGCACGCUGACUAUAAGACGGGCGGGGCGCGGGAAGCAGCAGCAGUAGACGGUCUGAUAGUGCUGGACGUGGUUACGAAGAGAACGGCCGGGAGAGGUAUCAUGAAUCCCAACUUUAAACUGAGAGCUGAUGCUGGCAAGUCUGCCCUGUCAAUCAAGAACUAUCUCUCAGACAAAACUGAGACUGCUCAAAGAGGGACUCUUAAAGUAAUCCAACCUUCUGCCACAGGUCAACUUGUUGGACGGGCUAAAGAGAACACCAAGAAUUCCACAAAAAGAAAAAUCUGGAAUGACCAGAUCAUAUCAAAGAAGGCAAAGGUAGAAGUUGCUGUUGACCCUGAACUAAGGGAAAAUAAAGGGUGUUCAAAUGAAGCAUAUGAUCUUAUGGUGAGAGAAAAUCCAACUUACCAGUACUGGAAGGAGCUGGCAGAAGAGAGGAGAAAAGCUCUCUAUAAGGUUCUACAGGAAAAUGAAAAGUUGCAUAAAGAAAUUGAGCACAGAGAUGGGGAGAUUGCACGACUGAAGCAGGAAAAUGAUGAGCUUACGGAACUGGCAGGACAUGUGCAGUACAUGGCUAAUCUGAUUGAGCAGAGACUUACAGGAAGUGCACCUGAAAGUUUGGAAGACUUGAAGAAUCUAGACUUAGAAGAAGCAAGGUGUGAAGAUGAAGCAGACUUUGAAGAGCUACAGUCUAAUCUACCAAGACAUGAUGAUGAUGAUGCUUAGUCGUUGACUUGGGACAUUGACUUAAGUGGCCAUGAAGUGGUUCAUGUCUGCCCUAGUACAUUAAUGGGCUGUUACUGCCAUUACGUUGCCUUUAGCCUGUUUAAUGCAACUUGGAUCUUUUGAUAUCAAAUCAUUGGGAUAUGAAUUGAUGUACUUAAAAUGUUGGCCUUCCAGCUGGCCACUUGUCUUAACUGCGAAUACUGUGUAUUUUCUCAUGCUUGUAAAUAGUUUUUUUUUAAUCCGCUAGCCUUGAUAAAAGGUAAUUGUACAUAGUUUGAAUAAACUUCAGUUUGAAAGUGCA